CAAUUGAAGAAAAUGAAGUAAGUGAUAAAGUGAAAUAGAUCUCUUUUCGAAAAGUUUUACGCAAGUUGGGAAAUAUAGGCUAAAUAAAAAAAUGUACAGUUAACAUUUUUUAAUAAGAUCCACGCGCGUUUUCGGUAUUUUUCCUUCAAGUUAUGAACUCGUGUCGUGCUCGAAAGUGAAAAGGUGGACGAGAAAAGGCAAACUUUGACGCGGCUGAAAAACGGUCUCGAAAUCGGGAACAGUGAAAAAUGUAGGUAAAGGAAGAUAAAGCGACGUGGAAGGACGUGGAUUCUGGGGAAUCGCCGUGGCCCGGCGUAGCCUCUGAUCUCUUAUUAUAGUAUCGUUCUAGUACCAAGAUGCUGGACAUAUUUCGCGGUCUGAAGAGUCUCAUAAAAAUCUCGCACAUCCAUAUCGACAGCGCCGUCUUCCGCUUGCAUUACAGCCUGACUGUGAUCCUGCUGAUAGCGUUCUCCCUGAUUGUUACAACCCGUCAGUACGUCGGCAAUCCUAUCGAUUGUAUACAUAGCAAGGACCUGCCCGAAGAUGUUCUGAACACUUACUGCUGGAUACACAGCACUUACACGAUAACCGCGGCGUACCGAAAAAGAGAAGGUUUGGAAGUACCCUUUCCCGGCGUCGACAAUUCCAAAUCGUAUUCCGAAAGUGAGCGAAAGGAGUACAAAUACUACCAGUGGGUCUGCUUCAUGCUGUUCCUGCAGGCGAUCUUCUUCUAUACCCCGCGCUGGCUCUGGAAGGGCUGGGAGGGUGGCAAGAUUCAUGCCCUUAUGAUGGAUCUCGACAUCGGGCUCUGCUCCGAGGUGGAGAAAAAGCAAAAGAAGAAAAUGCUGCUCGACUACCUCUGGGAGAACCUUCGCUUUCACAAUUGGUGGGCUUACAGGUACUACCUAUGCGAGGUCCUCGCGCUCCUAAAUGUGAUCGGUCAGAUGUUUCUGAUGAAUCGUUUCUUCGACGGCGCCUUCUUGACCUUUGGCAUCGACGUACUUAGAUUCCUCGAAUCCGAUCAAGAAGACCGAGUGGACCCAAUGAUUUAUGUCUUUCCACGAAUGACCAAAUGCACCUUUUACAAGUACGGCGUCAGCGGAGAAGUCGAGAGACAUGACGCCGUCUGUAUACUGCCUCUGAAUGUCGUGAACGAGAAGAUCUAUGUCUUUCUGUGGUUCUGGUUCCUUUUCCUCGGCGUGCUCAGUUUCUUUACGGUUUUAUAUAGGAUCCUAAUAAUAUUUUCGCCACGCACGAGGGUUUACCUGUUGCGAAUGAGGUUUCGUUUGGUACGAAGGGACGCCGUAGAGACCAUAGUGCGUCGCAGUAAGGUCGGUGAUUGGUUUCUUCUCUACAUGCUGGGCGAGAAUUUGGACACCGUGAUAUACAGAGACGUGAUGCACGAAUUGGCGAACAAGCUCGCCUCGAGGCAUCACCACGGCGUACCGGGAGUGAAGGGCGAGCUUCAAGAAGCCUGAUCGAGGUUGCCUCGGAGGGACGGUACGUUCGAUUCGCCGCUGCCGCAGUCCUGCCCUCGCUCAUCUGCAUCGCGCGGUCGUCGUCGUCGCGUCCGGGGACGACAUGGGACGUGCGAUCGCAGUCGGAGCCUCAGAAGACUAGCUGAUGGAUCUUCCUCGAGGAUCCGCGGCUCUGGUCUCGCAAAGAGACGCGUUUUUCCCUUCCGCCGAUUGUUGCUCGUCGAACUCGAGGCGAUGCGACAGCGAUAGUCGCGCGAAGUUGCGUUCGUGGAGAUCACAAUUUCUGCACAGGGAACUGAACUCGUCGAAAUUGCAUACCGGUUCCAGUCCCCGGUCGCAGUCGGGUGGAUUCAACCGGUGGCCCGUAAACGAAAAGACAGAGACGUCACGGCAGCGCGUGUGCGAGAGCGAUGGAGAGGACCAAAACUACACCGACGUUGCUGCACUUGGCAGGAGACUGGAGAUGCGUCGUCCCUAGAUAGCGACACGCGUUAAAAGACACUUCAGGAGCGGCGUGGGUCGUCGAACGGAUAUCGCACCGACCGGUCAUCGAGAGUAACGUCAGCCAGAGAGAUCUUCGUGCCUUUAUAUUUACUCCCGUGUCGCCAAAAGACAGGAUCUCGAAAGAGCCAGACAUCGAAUGUAGCACGGGAUAUCUUGUUUUUGCUAAUCUUGGGUCCGCUACAAAGAAUGCCUUUAAAGAAUGCCCUUAGAAUCAGCAAUUGAGAGACGAUAAGAAUCGAGAAACAAGUUUUUCGUAAAAAUUCUAAGCUUUUCAUAAGCUACAUUUUUUAGAUGACAACUGUUUUAGAGAGAUCCUUAUUGUAAGAGAUUGGAUAUUAUUUAUACACUUUUUGAUUGUCUGCCAUAUUUAAGACGGUGUUUAAAAGACACAAUGAGAUGCAAAAUAGAAUAGCUGCGUUUCAGUAGAAAAAGCAGCGACUGUUGUAAGAUUCUUUAACAUGAUUAGUUUAUACAUUUAGAUGAGACUAGGGACAAAAAUCAAUCGUAAUAAAGAAUCUUAUAAUAAUGGUAAAGUUGCUCUUUUGCUGAACGCAGCUAAUGAAAUGCAUGAAUGUCUAUUUCAUUCUAUCGUAAAUGUUUGGUCCGCCAUAUUUAGAACAGUGUUCAAUUUCUUACUUGAGGAUCUCCAACUGAUCCUAUCGUUUUUCCUUAUUGCCGUGUUAAAGAAUGCAUUUUGAAUCAGCAACCGUGGAAUUGAAAAAUAAUGAGCUCCACGUGGAAGAUAAAAUUAUGAGGAUUUUAUAAAUUACGUUCUUAGAUGACAGCAAGUCCUAUCGUUUAUCUUCACACGAAGGGAUAUCAGGAGGGGCAAAGUAAAUCCCGUGCGCCGAUAUUUUCUUUGUAAAUUAGUUCUAGACUAAUAAAAAGCGUCCGGAAUGCUAAGUGGACGCUGCGUAUAAAUUGUUUCGAACUAUUUAACUUUUAUCGUGCCGUGUUUCGCAAGUAUGAAUACUAAGUAAGGGAGAUACGAAAGGAGGGAGUUAAUAUUUCUCUCGUUUAUAGAUUAUUGUAUAGCCGUAUUUUUUUUCGGGCAACGUUACGACGAUCUCUUUUGAUGGAAAGUUUGAAUUUAUGUCUUUGAAGAAAGAUUCUUCUACUCAAUCCAUUAAUGCAAGAACGUAAAAUAUGUAGUCUAGUCAUUAUACUCUACGUCUACGUAAUAAUAUCGAUCGCGAAUUUAUCCAUUGAUACGGACACACUGCCACCGAUCGGGUACGAUCGAUUUUGCUGUAUCUGUCUUCGUUCUAUUUAAAUGAAGAUAGCGUCCAAAAUAAAGGUGCGUUACCUUGAAACUUUAAGAGUUAUUAAUUUUGUGAUAUAUUGAUUAACGAUUCCGAAAAUGCUAUCACGUUUUUGUAAGUUUGUCAUGUUAUUUAAUUUCCUUUGACAUCUACAGAUUAUAAUAUUUUUGUCGAUAAUAAUGUCAAACACUAUAAGUGAAUAUUUUAAUAGUACAUUACAUCCACAAAAACAACUUAAUAACGUUGAUUAUUCUCGUAUAAUCAAUAAAUGAAGAUUUCUUCUGAAAACGAAGAAACGAAGCUUUUCAUUUGGCUUACCAACUUAUGUGCAGACAUUUUAU